CGGACUGUACCAUGCCAGAUGACACACGUACACACACUCACACACACACUGCAGGUCUCUGGAAGAUCAGAUGAUUUAUGCAGCGGCCAUAACCAAAGCCGCUAAGGAAAGGGGACACUGUGUGACCAGAUGGUGCCUUUUAUCCAUUCUCUAGUUCUCCUUGAUGGGAAGCAACACUGGUCGCUGGGUGAGCCAUGACACAUCUCCUUAGGUCGAGGGGAGAGAGUCACCUUGCUGCCGCUGCCGGAUCAGAUUAGCGGAAAGUAUCUGUGCGGAUCUGCAAGUUUUGCUUUUCAGGGUUACACGAAGGGCGGAGCUACAAAUCCAAUAUCUGACACGUGUUUAUUUUGGACUAAGGACCUCAGCUGUUUACCUCUGUCAGCGAACCCUGAAUGAAUGAGCAGGGACAUCUGACCAUCACACACUUCUAAGCCAAGAAAGGGCCUAAGAGGCCAAGAGGGGGAGCAGCCAAGAUGAGAAGCAGGAGCAAUUCAGGAGUCAGACUUGAUGGCUACGCCAGGCUUAUUCAGCAGACCAUACUUUGUCACCAGAACCCAGUCACAGGCCUUCUUCCUGCUAGCAAAGAGCAAAAAGACGCCUGGGUUCGAGACAAUGUGUACAGUAUUCUGGCGGUCUGGGGAUUGGGAAUGGCAUAUCGCAAAAAUGCUGAUCGGGAUGAAGACAAAGCCAAAGCAUAUGAACUAGAGCAGAGUGUCGUAAAGCUGAUGAGAGGAAUUCUGCACUGCAUGAUAAGACAGGUGGAUAAAGUUGAGAAAUUUAAACACACGCAGAGUACAAAAGAUUGUCUGCACGCCAAGUACAACACAGCAACGUGCAGUACUAUAGUCGGUGAUGACCAGUGGGGGCAUCUGCAAGUAGACGCUACCUCCCUAUUCCUGUUGUGCUUGGCACAAAUGACUGCUGCAGGCUUACGCAUUGUGUUUACACUGGAUGAAGUUGCCUUUAUACAGAAUCUUGUUUUUUACAUUGAAGCUGCUUAUAAAGUUGCUGAUUAUGGAAUGUGGGAGCGAGGGGACAAGACAAAUCAAGGGAUUCCUGAACUAAAUGCAAGCUCCGUGGGCAUGGCAAAAGCUGCUCUGGAAGCUAUAGAUGAACUUGAUCUGUUUGGAGCUCAUGGGGGACCCAGAUCUGUGAUUCAUGUUUUACCUGAUGAUGUAGAACACUGCCAGUCAAUCCUUUAUUCAAUGUUGCCACGGGCUUCAACCUCCAAGGAAAUUGAUGCCGGCCUCCUUUCCAUCAUUUCAUAUCCUGCUUUUGCUGUCGAGGACAUAAACAUGGUUAAUGUGACAAAAAAUGAAAUUAUCACCAAACUCCAGGGGAGAUAUGGCUGCUGUCGUUUUCUCAGAGAUGGCUUUAAAACACCAAGAGAGGACCCCAACAGGUUACACUAUGACUCCACUGAACUCAAACUCUUUGAGAAUAUUGAAUGCGAAUGGCCUUUGUUCUGGACAUAUCUACUUAUUGAUGGAAUUUUUAAUGGAGAUCAGGUGCAGAUGCAAGAAUAUCGGGAAGCUCUGGAGGGAAUUCUCAUAAGAGGAAAGAAUGGAAUUCGUCUUGUGCCAGAACUUUAUGCUGUUCCUCCUGAGAAGACAGAAGAAGAGUACCACAACCCUCACACAGUUGACCGCAGACCUUUAGGGAAGACACCUCACCUAUGGGGACAAUCGCUGUAUAUACUGGGCUCUCUUUUAGCUGAGGGAUUUCUAGCUCCCGGAGAAGUAGAUCCUUUGAACAGAAGAUUCUCUACAGGUUUUAAACCUGAUGUUGUAGUGCAAGUUUCAGUUCUGGCAGAAUCUAAGAAAAUUAAGAAAAUGCUUAAAAACCAUGAUAUUGAAGUACAGAGCUUUAGUGAUGUCCGACCAAUCAGAGUGCAGCCGGCAAGGAUUUUGAGUCACCUGUAUGCCAAGCUUGGUCAAAAUAAAGCCAUGAACCUUAGUGGCCGCCCAUACCGUCACAUAGGUGUUUUAGGGACAUCUAAACUGUACAUGAUCAGGAACCAGAUCUUUACUUUUACACCCCAGUUUACAGAUCAACACCACUUCUAUCUUGCUCUGGACAGCAGAAUGAUUGUUGAGAUGCUUAGAACUGAACUGGCCUAUUUGACUUCGUGCUGGAGAAUGACUGGGAGACCAACACUCACCUUUCCCAUUACUCACUCUAUGCUCAAUGAGGAUGGCUCUGACAUUGAUCCUGCAAUUCUUUCUACAAUUAGAAAAAUGGACGAUGGAUAUUUUGGUGGAGCAAGGGUCAAGCUGGGAAAGUUAUCAGACUUUCUUACUACAUCUUUUUACACUCAUCUAAGUUUCCUGGACUCUGACUGUGAUGGAAGGCUUUUUGAUGAUCUAGAUGAAGAAUGUUACAGUCCAGUCAAUGACUAUGAAGUAGAAUUAUUUCCAACAAAUGAGUGUGAGACAGAGGAAAUUCAGGAUGAGCUUGAUCAGUAUAUCAUUCAACUGCAGCAAAGCAUGGCAUCUACAUCUUACCUACCUCCAAUUUCCAGUCACUCAGACGCAUACAAUGCCUUCAGCACACUCCAUUCCACCCGGGAUAUUCUCUCUAUAAUGGCUAAAUCAAAAGGCCUGGAGGUACCAAAUUCCUCCUUAUUUCUUCCUGCUAAAAAUUUAAGUGCUCACCGGAGAUCUUUAAAUCUGUUAGAGGUUCCCCAGCCAUUCAAACACCAGAAUCAUGAAACAGAAUUAAAUCUACCAAAGGAUGCCCAUGGGGAUGUUGAUUGCCACAAGCUGUUGGAUAAAAUCAAAGAAUGCCCAACUCUUCAAGACCAAGCAGAUAUACUGUAUAUACUGUGUGUGAUAAAAGGACUGGACUGGGAUACAGGUCUGAAUGGACAGUGUGGCGUGACGGUACAUUUGCUGCUAAAUGAGCUGUAUAGCAAGGCAGGUCUUAAUCGGGAAUGGGGUCUGAUCCGUUACAUCUCUGGCCUUCUGAAGAAGAGAGUGGAGGUCCUUGCUGAGGCUUGUACCGACAUCUUGUCGCACCAUAAACAGCUUACUGUAGGCCUGCCCCCUGAACCCCGAGAGAAAACCAUCACCGCUCCUCUUCCUCCAGAACAGCUGGCAGCCCUGAUCUAUGAAGCCAGUGGACAAGAUAUUAGCAUUGCUGUACUCACACAGGAGAUAAUGCUUUAUCUGGCUAUGUAUGUCAGAUCUCAGCCAAGUCUAUUUGGAGAAAUGCUGAGACUGCGGAUUGGACUCAUAAUGCAAGUGAUGGCAACUGAACUCGCACGCAGCUUAAACUGCUCUGGCGAAGAAGCAUCUGAAAGUUUGAUGAGCCUGAGCCCUUUUGAUAUGAAGAACCUUCUUCACCAUAUCCUGAGUGGCAAAGAGUUUGGUGUUGAACGAAGUAUGCGUCCGAUUGAAUCAUCAGCCACUAGCCCCGCUAUUUCUAUCCACGAAAUGGGACACACGGGAGCAACGAAAACAGAGAGAAGCGGCAUCAAUAAGCUUAGGAAUGAAAUGAAACAAAUGGAUAGGAGGUUUAGCCAAGACGAUCAGUUCUUGUUUGGCCCUUCUGUCACCAGCAGCAUCCAUUCCUCCAGGUCUACGAGGUGCAGCAGCCCUUCUUCUCCCACUGGAACUCUUUCCCCAACGGGAUUUGUUGGACCCCAUCUCGUUUUUGAUGACCACCAAGGUCAAUGGUUGAGAAGGAGGAGGCUGGAUGGGGCUAUAAACCGCCUACCAGUCGGAUUCUACCAGCGAGUGUGGAACGUUCUGCAAAAGUGCCAUGGUUUAUCAAUUGAUGGGUAUGUUCUUCCUUCCUCAAGCACACGAGAGAUGACUGCUUGUGAGAUCAAAUUUGCUGUCCACGUGGAAUCUGUUCUAAAUCAUGUGCCCCAGCCUGAAUACAGGCAGCUGCUCGUGGAAGCUAUAAAUGUCCUCACCUUGGUGUCAGACAUGGAAAUGGAAAGCAUUGGUAGCAUUAUCCAUGUAGACCGCAUUGUGCACUUGGCCAAUGACCUCUUCCUGCAGGACCAGAAAGCCCUUGGCGCUGCAGAUUUCUACCUUGACCUGGAUCAAGCUACAGGAAUCUGCAACUUCUUCUAUGACAGUGCUCCAAGUGGAGCCUACGGCACGAUGACGUACCUAACCAAAGCUGUGGCCAUCUCCCUGCAGGAUUUUCUACCUAAUACCAGCUGUUCAAUGCAGUAGCGAGUCAUAGUCCUAUAUUCUUUUUCUAAACCUUUAAAUACCUAUUUAUUUUACUUCGUUAUAUGUAAUUUAUGUAAUAUAUGCGUUUUUAAAGGAACUAGAACUGAGUCAUUAGUGUAACUUUCAGGAGAAACCGUGAGACUCAAAAUAUUGUGGUUCUUAUUUAAGAAGGACUUUUUAUUUCUUAAACUGUGUAUAAGAUGGAUGAAUGGAUAUACUGAUAUAAAUGUUUAUUAUUAUUAUUUAGGCAAUUCUACCAAAAAAUCCGUAAAAAUAAUAUAUUAUUUAAUUAACUAUAUUACAUGGACAGAUUUUCUGAGAGUGGGCAGGAUGUUGAGGGGUGCCUUUGUUUUUAUAUUUAAUUUAAAACUGUAUCUAGCCAGUUAGGAUACAGUUUUCUCAUAUUGGAGCUUUCCAUUUCAAGUCCAGAUAUGGAGCAGUAGGGACUGCAGAGCAAGUGCAGGAUGAGUGGGAGCUGGAAGGAGAGCUAAUAAAAGAAACAGAGGCUGGAAUGAAAAGAGACAUACUGGGGGUCAUUUAUCAACAUUGGGCAAAUUUGCCCAUGGGCAGUAACCCAUGACAACCAAUCAAACUGCAGCAUUCAUUGUACUACUUGCAGCUGGCUUUAAAAAGCUAUUCACUGAUUGGUUGCUAUAGGUAACUGCCCAUGGGCAAAUUUGCCCAGUGUUGAUAAAUGAGCCCCACUGUUGGGGGAUGGCUAGAGACCUGGCGAGAUAGUACAACACAGGGAGAAAGAUCAGCAUCAGGGAUUGGAGAGCAGGAUAGAGCAAGAUGUGGUGAAUUCUGGGGACCACACUAUGACAUGACUUGCUGGGGCACAGUGUUUCAUUAAAUAUGGGGGGAGGGGGGUUACACUGUGUUAUGAAAGACUGGGGGAGGUCAAGGGCUGCUUUGUUAUCAAAUAAUAGGAGCCAUAUCCUCAGUCUAACUUUCCAUACUAAAUUUUUUUGCUUUUAAAGUAGGGUGUAUAUAUAUAUAUAUAUAUAUAUAUAUAUAUAUAUAUAUAUAUAUAUAUAUAUAUAUAUAUAUAUAUAUAUAUAUAUAUAUAUAAAUAUAUAUAUAUAAAUAUAUACAGUCGGCAAAUACAAUCCCUCCACCUCUUUUACCCACUUCAGCCACUGCAACAGAGAAAAGAAAUCCCAAAUUCUCUUCAGUUAAACCAGUUGUUUAUCUAUUUUGUAAGUGAAGGAGACAGUAGGUCAUUUUAUUAAAUAGGAAAAGUCAAAAAAUGCUUCACUUGAGUGUUAUCUCAUUUAAAUUUUUUUGUGUGCAAGUUAAUGCUGCAAAACCAUUGUUUAUAUUGACUGUCUUUUAAAU